AUGGCUUCUUCCUCUCAUUUUCAUUACCACCAAGACGAUCACCAACCUGAUAAUGAAGAUAUAUUCGAAGACUUAUUUGAAGACAUUGACGAAUUUCUAGAAGAAAAUGAGCGUGUACCACGUAAUUUUAUUGACAGACAUCGGGAGGAAGGUCAAGAUUUGCUAUGGAAUGAUUAUUUUAGCGAUACUCCAACCUACCCGCACAAUGUCUUCCGGCGACGGUUUCGAAUGAACCGGACAUUAUUCAUGCGUAUUGUGCAGCGUCUCUCCACUGAAGUACGGUAUUUUCAAGAAAGAGUAGAUGCAACCGGGCGGUCUAGUCUUACUGCACUCCAAAAAUGUACCGCAACAAUUCGUCAAUUGGCUUAUGGUGUUGGAUCUGAUGCAGUGGACGAAUAUGUCCGAAUGGGUGAAACAACUGCUCGAGGAUGUUUGCACAAUUUUGCCGCGGGAAUAAUCAGCUUGUUUGGCAAUGAAUACCUAAGACGUCCCACACCGGAAGAUCUGCAGAGACUACUAUACUUUGGGGAGCAACGUGGGUUCCCAGGGAUGAUUGGAAGCAUCGACUGUACUAUGAACGAUCUUAAUAUUCUCGAUCGAUCACCCGUUUUUGAUGACGUUAUUACCGGAAUAGCACCACAAGUUAACUUCUAUGUCAACAAUCAUCCGUACAACUUGGCUUAUUAUCUCACGGAUGGUAUUUAUCCGAAAUGGGCUACAUUUAUUCAAUCUAUCCGACUACCACAAACUCAGAAGCAUUCUGUAUUUGCUCAAACCCAAGAAGGUGUGCGAAAAGAUGUCGAGCGUGCCUUCGGAGUCCUACAAGCUAGGAUGAACGAUCGUCAAGAACUCAGUACAACAUUGCUGAAUUUCGAGAAAGAGAAGAGGCGGAUACCUUUACCGUCAAUAAUCCGUCACCUCUCGGCACUCCACUUGAACGUCGGACAAACCUUCAGAAUCUAG